GGCAGGGACUGCGGCGGCCAAGCCGCGGUGUGUCUGCAGCAUCCAAUUUUUGCGUCUCCUCCCCUCUCCCGCCCAUGCGGAUCUCCCACGGUGAGUCAACUCUGCUUACUUUGCCCCUUGUUGGCAACGAAUAAAAGGGUCUGAGGAAAUACGGGACCCGGUCACCCACUGCCAGCUUUAGCCUUUAAAUCACCAGCCUGGGGAGAUCCACGCACAGCAGGUCGGGUCCGGACAGCGAUCCAGCGCGCACCGUGCAGCAAAGGGUUCCGAGCGCAGCGCCGCGCAGCGCCGCGCAAAAGCGGCCUCGGGAACUAAUCUACCCUCAGUUCGGGCUGCCCCGAACUCCGCUCCGCAGUCUCAGCCCUGGGAAAGUGAUCCCAGCGUCCGAGAGCCCAGAUGCCGGCCCACUUGCUGCAGGAGGAGAUCUCUAGCUCCUACACAACCACCACCACCAUCACAGCGCCUCCCUCCAGGCUCCUGCAGAAUGGAGGGGGCAAGCUGGAGAAGACUCCCCUAUACUUGGAAGAAGACAUCCGCCCUGAAAUAAGAGAUGACAUCUAUGACCCAAGCUACCAGGAUAAGGAGGGCCCAAAUCCCAAGCUUGAGUACGUUUGGAGAAACAUCAUCCUCAUGUCUCUGCUACACUUGGGAGCCCUGUAUGGGAUCACAUGGAUCCCCACCUGCAAAAUGUACACCUUGCUCUGGGCGUUUUUCUACUAUCUGAUUAGUGCCCUGGGUGUCACAGCAGGAGCCCAUCGCCUGUGGAGUCACCGAAGUUACAAAGCUCGGCUGCCCCUGCGGGUCUUCCUGAUCAUUGCCAACACGAUGGCAUUCCAGAAUGACGUUUACGAAUGGGCCCGAGAUCACCGUGCGCACCACAAGUUUUCGGAAACACAUGCUGACCCCCACAAUUCCCGACGUGGCUUUUUCUUCUCUCACGUGGGUUGGCUGCUUGUGCGCAAACACCCAGACGUCAAAGAGAAGGGUGGUUUGCUAAACUUAUCUGACCUAAAAGCUGAGAAGCUGUUGGUGUUCCAGAGGAGGUACUACAAACCCGCUGUCCUGCUGAUGUGCUUUAUCCUGCCCACAUUUGUGCCCUGGUACUGCUGGGGUGAAACUUUUCCACAUAGCCUGUUAGUCGCCACCUUCUUGCGUUACGCCGUUGUGCUCAAUGCCACCUGGCUGGUGAACAGUGCUGCCCACCUGUACGGAUAUCGCCCUUAUGACAAGACCAUUAACCCCCGAGAGAAUCUCCUGGUCUCACUGGGAGCAGUAGGUGAGGGCUUCCACAACUACCACCACUCCUUUCCCUAUGACUACUCUGCCAGUGAAUACCGCUGGCACAUCAACUUUACCACAUUCUUCAUCGAUUGCAUGGCUGCCAUCGGUCUGGCUUAUGACCGAAAGAAAGUAUCCAAGGCUGCCGUCUUGGCCAGGAUUAAAAGAACUGGAGAUGAAAGCUACAAGAGUGGCUGAAUUUGGGGUCCCUCGGUUUCCUUUUCCAAAAGCCAGCUGGGCAGAGGUUUAAUGUUCUGUUUAUUAACUACUGAAUAAUGCUACCAGGAUGCUAAAGAUGAUGACGUUAACCCAUUCCAGUACAGUAUUCUUUUACAUUUUCUUUUAAAAUUGAAAGCCAACAACUCUGCCUUUAUGAUGCUAAGCUCAUGUUAUUUCUUUUCUUUUCUUCUUUCUCUUCUAGUCCCAUUAUCCUUCCCUUUGUUUUGUUCCUAUCACCUUCCUUUCUCUUCCCCCUCAAUGCCCCCCAGGCAAGCAGCUGGUCAGUCAUUGGUGGGUUUCCAGCUUCCAAAGCCUAGACAACCUUUCUAGAGUCCAAAACUAGUGGUCUUUGCCCCAGAUAACCCUUUCCUUGAGCUGUCCUGAGCUUUAAGGUGGGUGGCUCAAGCUAGAGAUAUGACAAAAUCUUCUGGGAAGGCCCUCAGUUAGCUUCAGCUUAGGCUUUUGCUAUAUGAAAUGGAAAAAUAACUUUAUUGGCACAAAGCUUUGAAAGCAGGUAAAUUUUCAGGGGAGAGAGUUAGCAUGCAUGAUAUGAUUGAUAAAUAAGGAUGAGUUGUGAAGUGGGAAACAAGGCAGGAAGCUCCUGCUGUGAUCGGACACCCAGCUGCCUGCCCACCACCCAGCAUGCUUCCUUUCUCUCCUUACUCUGACUGGGGAAUGGCCGUGGAGGUUGGCAAUGCUAGAACUCAAAAGCAAAUCUCAAUGUCCCAAUAUACUUUAGGCUGAGGAUAAAGAAGAAGCAUUUAGUUUAUGGUAAAAGUGGUCUCCGCUGGGGAAGGAUUUUUUUUCUUUCUUUCGUAACAGGAAGAUUUCUUAUUCCAGGUAACAAGAAAUAUUGAGGUCGGUUGUUUCCAGAAUUGGUGAUUCCAGCAGCUCAUGGAAUCGUCAAAAUUCUUUCAUCUUUCUGCUGUGCCAUCUUUGGUAUAUUGGUCAGCUCCCCUCAUAGUAAUAAGGUGGCUUCAGCAUUUUGAGACAUCCAAAAAAGAUGUGUUGGUGGUACAGUGGUGAGCAUAGCUGCCUCCCAAAAAAGAAAGGAUUUUAGGAGGUGGAGUUGGGUCAAACAUAGAGCUAUAUGUCCAUGGGUACUUUGCUUGGAAUAUUAAAAUAAUCCUUUUAGAGUAUUUCCCUCUGAAGGAGAGUGGGGCUUGAAGAAGAGGAAGAAUUAGGCGGGUUGUCUCCUUUCCUCUCGCUGCUGGACAGGAGAUGGAGAGGUUGAGGGGCAGGGUCUGUAGGCAGUUCCUAAGAGGGAACAUUACAAAAGAAGGGCUCUGAGAACACAUUGCUGGGGGAUUUGGAAGGUCACUGAGUAGUUAUUGGGUGUCGUAAUAUGGAAGCUGGUUAUACAAACAAGUUAGAUGUUGGGUUCAUUUCAUUAAUUUCAAUUUCUCCUUGGACUGAGAAAGAACUAGAAGGCUUCUCCCCACAGUGUUGAACCCUUUCACUCAUUCCUUCUCUGUUAACUUCUAGCCUAAAGUAUAGCACUGCCUGGGGGGUGGGGUAGGAAUCUCUUAACUACCCUGACUAUGGAUUCCUGGCUCUGCCCUGUCUGUCCAUUUUCUCCUGCCAGUUCUAUGUCCUCCCCAAUGUUUUCUUCUUUCUCUGGAUAGGCAAGCCUCCUUUGUGUGUAUUCAGAG